UUUGUGAAAUCAAUGAUGGUUUCUUUUCUAUUCGCUGCUACAAUAUUGUGUCAAUUUCUAGUCUCACCCUCUGCUGGUGUAUUUACUAUUGUACCAGUGACACAAUAUGUAUAUGUCAAUGAUACCGUGACAUUUGAAUGUGCUGGAUUCAUUGGGACUGGGUUUACUCUUUCAUUCUUUUAUGGAACUAAUGUAAUGGAAAAUGAAACUGAUUUACCUAAUGGAGGAAAGAGGACAACAUUUACUGCUACUAGUGAAGUGAAUGGUACUGACAUUUUUUGCUUGCCUCGUAUGGGAAUCAUGAUAAAUACUUCUGAAGCAGCUUACAUUUAUAUUCAAGGUAUUACGAUCUUUGAUUUAUUUUAG